AUGUCACGAAAACGUUCAAGAUCUUCUGCUUCAUCGCAUGCAGAGUAUGAAUCAGAUUAUUCGGAUAGUGAUUCCGACGAAAACAUAUCGAUUCUGAAUGCAGACAAUUCAGGCUCCGAUGAUUCUGAUUCUGAUUGUGAUUCGAUAUCUGAUUCAGAUUCUGAACAUGAGUUCACAAUACCAAAUAUUGAAAUGAAACAAUAUAUAAUUGAUGCGUCUAAAGAGAAUAAUUAUGAUGUGAAAUUACAAGAUCUUGACACUUUUAUAGGUAUAGUUAUUUUCAGUUCAUUCAAUAAAAGAAAGUCUCAGAGAGAUUAUUGGUCAUUUGAUCUAUUCUUAUCUAGUGAAAUUGUUUCUUCUGCAAUGACUCGUGAUAAGUUUGAAGAAAUCAAGUCUAAAAUAAAAUAUUCAAAAGCUAAAGACGAGGAUCUAAACGAUAAAGGGUGGCGGGUUCGUUCGAUGUUGAAACUUUUCCAAAACAACCUCCUAAAGUUCGGAAUAUGGAAAACUUCUAUAUCUAUUGAUGAAAUGAUGGCCAAGUCUUAUGUAAAAACUGUAUUGAAACAAUUUAUUCGAGGAAAACCAAUAAGGUUUGGUUUGAAAUUUUGGGGUUUAUGCACUUCAGACGGCUAUCUACUAAAUUUAGAUCUAUAUUGCGGUAAAAAUUCCCAAACCGGAAACAAAUUAGCAAAAUGUGCUUUAGGUACUCGUGUAGUAUUGCAUUUAUUAGAACCUUUUUUUCGACUAAUAAAUUAUAAUAAAAUCCCUGCAUUUCAUUUGUACUUUGAUAAUUUUUUUACAAAUAUGGAUUUGAUUUUACACUUGCAAAAAUUACGUUUGAAAUGCACUGGCACUAUAAGAGACAAUCGAGUCAAAGAAAAGAAUAUACUUGAAAAGAAAGCUCCACGAGGUACUUAUAUUGUAAAACAUGAUCAAAAUAGUGGCAUAAAUUUCAUCACUAUGGAUUCGAAGCCCGUUUCAAUAGCUUCAACUGCUGCAGGUGUAAGUCCACUAUCAACUUCGAGAAGAUAUAGUUCAGAGGCUCGAUCCAAAACUGAUUUAGCUUUUCCGCAAGCUUUUCAUUUGUACAACAAAUUUAUGGGCGGUGUUGACGUGCAUGAUGGACACUGCAAUAAUGUACUUCCAAGUAUACGUUCCAAAAAAUGGACAUGGGUCGUUUUUAUAAGAUUUAUACAGGCAUCCAUUACAAAUUCCCCCGUAAUUUUCAAUGCUACACGCGAUGGAAAGAAAAAAGUUGGAAUAAAAAAGUUAACUAUUUCGAUUGCUAAAUAUUAUAUUCAAAAAAAUCAAACAAGUAAAACAGUUCAUACACGAUCUAAUAGGGACAAAUUAAAAAAUUGUUCAACUGAAAAAUGUCCAAUAACAACAAGGAUCUAUUGUGAAAAAUGCAAUCUGUAUGUAUGCAAUAAUUGUUGA